AUGGGCGUUACUGAACUAGAUAAUCCUACAAGUCAAUUCGUCUUUUUGCGAGUUAUCCUCGGCUAUUUCAUGAUAAGCAGGAUCUCCGCCGUUCGUCCUGCAAAGGCAGGUGUACAAAUCUUCAGCUUGAGCAGCGAUCAUAGAAGUCAACCACAUGAAGACGGCGUUUCGGAAGCUCCUUGGGUCGAUGCCUAUUACCUCACCGCUCCCAAGUGGGCUUUUGGCCCCAAGUCCAGUCGAGUCAAUGGCUUCGACGAAAUCACAGUUUCAUGGACUAAAAACAACCUUUCGACGUACCUGAUCGACUCGGGUCUCUGGAGUGCCUGUAGGCAGUCACAUUGUGUCAUGAGAGAUAUACUCGGCCCCACCAAGCCCAUAGCCAUCCGGAAGAAGGUGAGAUAUGACCCUGACAUGUUUAGUCGGUUUUUGUUUGAAGAUGUCAUUCCGAACAACACAGCCCAGGGCUUGCUACAGAUACCGCACGUAGGCUGGCAAUACCACCCAUCAUGGGCUUCGAGCCUCCACGAAUCCUCCCGGAUCAGAAGCCUUGACUCCUUAUGCUGUUACAUUGUAUAUGGUGCAAGAUUUGGGGGUCUGGAAACGCUAUGGCUCAUCAACUACCGCAUCAAGCGAAAGCAUUGGGUAUCAUCGAAAGCGGAAUUCGACGGGCCAAAGCCCAAAGUCUUCAAAGCAGACGAGUUUCAGCUCGUAGAGUUGGAAAUCGACGAUGAUAUUCGUUCAUCAGAGCAACAGUCAUGGGACGAGGUCCCGGAGAGGGGCGAUCCCUACACUCUGGACGAUUUUCUUGCCUUUGUGGGACAGCUCCGGCAGUUAGUGACUCAUACACUACUGUCCAUGCCAGCUCUGCAAACCGCCAAACGCGCCAUGAGCAUAAAGGUUCUAGCGUAUGAAGAUUUGCAAUGA